AUGGUUCAAAUUUUGUUAAAGCAUUUCGACUUUGAAAAAGAAGAAGAUAAGGAGAUUAACACGGAAUUUCACAAUUUAAGUGAUCUAUUGAUUACGAAUGAAGAAAGUUUAGACAAGGAAGAUAUUACUCUUCCACCACACCAUAGGUGUGUUAGUCACACGCUUAAUCUUAUUGCAGUCAAAGAUUCUGAAAGAGCCUUGGAGAAUGAUCCCACAUAUAAAAAAAAAUGGAAUUCAACUUUUGAUUCCACAUAUCAACUUGUAACUCUUUUAAAAGAUAGCUCAGAUAAAAUUAAUCACUGUUUGGACUAUUUUAAUUUACAAAGGCUGAUAAAUAAUGACGUAAAAUUUUUAGACGAGUAUUGUCAGGUAAUGGAGCCUUUAGCUAGAGCAUUAGAUAUCUUACAAAGUGACGUAGGAAUGUAUAUGGGAUACUUAUUGCCCGUAUUGAGCAGCUUACAAGAAAAAUUAAAAAACAUCAAAAAUUUGACGGAUUGUCAAUCAUUAGUUAUCGCAAUUCAAGAAGGCUUAAAUCGAAGAUUUUGUACAAUAUUUGAAAAAAAGGAAUUAAUAAUAGCAAGUUCAUUACAUCCUAAAUUUAAACUAAACUGGUUAAAUGGAGAUAAGAAGAAAUUAGCUAGAGCCUAUUUAGAAGAUUUGUUAGACAUUCGCUCAAAUGAAAGUUCAUCAAACUCAAGCAAAGAUAAUGAUUAUGACGAUUUUUUUAAUUUUCAUGGACAAUCAACAUCAACUUCAGAAUCUGGCGAAGAAGAACUAACACGAUUUCUGAAAUCGAAAAGAUCUGACGUUGCAUUAUUACUAGAUUUUCCAAAAUUAAAAAAGUUAUUCAUUAAAUUUAAUACGGCUUUGCCAAGCAGUGCUUCGGUUGAAAGAUUGUUUAGUAUCGGUAAUUCUGUACUAUCACCUUCUAGAGUAACAGUAACUAUAACUAGUUACUUUUGA